AUUAUACGCCGCAGGGAAGAUUGUCGAAUAAACCGAAAAUUAUCACGAUUCGAGGAAGAACUCUGCCGCUGCUGCUGCUUGGAGGAUGGCGGACAGCGAGGGUGGCUCCGAGCAGGAUGACGUCUCCUUCCUCCGGACGGAGGACAUGGUGUGCCUGUCCUGCACAGCCACCGGUGAAAGGGUCUGCUUGGCGGCUGAAGGUUUUGGAAACCGACAUUGUUUCCUCGAAAACAUAGCCGACAAGAAUAUUCCACCAGACUUAUCGCAAUGCGUCUUUGUAAUAGAACAGGCGCUGUCCGUACGAGCGUUGCAGGAAUUGGUCACCGCAGCAGGUUCCGAAACGCAGCAAGAGUCUUUAGGGAAGGGUACAGGAUCUGGUCACAGAACUUUGCUCUACGGCAAUGCAAUUCUGCUUAGGCAUCAAAACAGUGACAUGUAUCUGGCGUGCUUGUCCACCAGUUCGUCUCACGACAAACUUGCAUUUGAUGUCGGUUUGCAAGAACAUUCUCAAGGAGAGGCUUGUUGGUGGACGGUUCAUCCGGCUUCCAAGCAAAGAUCAGAGGGUGAAAAGGUCCGAGUGGGUGACGAUCUCAUUUUAGUAUCAGUCGCUACCGAGCGAUACUUGCACACGACGAAGGAGAACGACUUGUCUGUGGUUAAUGCCUCAUUUCACGUUACACACUGGUCAGUGCAACCAUACGGCACUGGCAUAAGCCGAAUGAAAUAUGUCGGCUAUGUCUUCGGCGGCGAUGUAUUGAGAUUCUUCCACGGAGGUGACGAAUGUCUUACUAUACCAUCCACAUGGAGCACCGCACCUGGUCAAAACAUGGUUAUCUACGAAGGAGGAAGCGUAAUGAGCCAAGCGCGAUCUUUGUGGAGAUUGGAGUUGGCCAGAACGAAAUGGGCUGGUGGUUUUAUUAAUUGGUCACAUCCCAUGCGUAUCAGGCAUCUUACCACAGGCCGUUAUUUGGGUGUUAAUGAGAAUAACGAAUUAUAUUUGGUGGGCCGGAACGAGGCUACCAUAGAGACCUCGACGUUCUGGCUCCAAUCUGAGAAAACAGAUACGAAAACCAUUCUCGAGGAUAAGGAUUUGGAAAUAAUCGGAACACCGAUCAUCAAAUACGGUGACUCCACAGUGAUUAUGCAGCACGCAACCAAGGGUCUCUGGGUCUCGUAUAAGUCCUACGAAACCAAGAAGAAAGGCGUGGGUAAGGUCGAAGAAAAGCAGGCGGUACUGCACGAGGAAGGAAAAAUGGACGACGGACUUGACUUCUCUCGGUCUCAAGAAGAGGAGUCAAGGACAGCUCGGGUUAUCAGGAAAUGCAGCAGUCUGUUCACACAGUUUAUUACUGGCUUAGAAACUCUUCAAAUGGAUAGAAGAGCCUCAAUGUUCUUUCAGAAUGUGAAUUUGAACGAAAUGGUCAUGUGCUUGGAAGAUCUGAUCAACUACUUUGCUCAGCCGGAAGAAGAUAUGGAACACGAAGAAAAACAAAAUAGACUACGGGCCUUGAGAAAUCGUCAAGAUUUAUUCCAGGAGGAAGGAAUUUUGAAUCUAAUCCUCGAGGCUAUAGACAAAAUCAAUGUAAUAACUUCGCAAGGUUUCCUGGUCGCACUUUCCGGUGACGAGAGUGGCCAGUCUUGGGAUCAAAUUUCUGGUUACCUUUAUCAACUGCUUGCUGCUAUCAUUAAGGGAAAUCACACGAACUGCGCCCAGUUUGCGAACAGCAAUCGUCUUAACUGGCUGUUCAGUCGUCUGGGAUCGCAGGCGUCUGGCGAAGGAACAGGAAUGCUGGAUGUGCUUCAUUGUGUCCUUAUAGAUUCCCCCGAGGCUUUAAACAUGAUGAGAGAUGAGCAUAUCAAAGUGAUAAUAUCUUUGCUGGAAAAGCACGGCAGGGAUCCUAAGGUUCUUGACGUAUUGUGUUCUCUGUGCGUUGGUAACGGAGUUGCGGUACGAUCGUCACAGAAUAAUAUAUGUGAUUUUCUGCUACCGGGGAAAAACUUGCUGCUACAAACUCAGCUAGUCGAUCACGUGGCCAGUAUAAGACCAAACAUAUUCGUUGGCAGAGUCGAAGGUUCGGCUCUCUAUCAAAAGUGGUACUUUGAAGUCACCGUUGAUCAUAUUGAACAAACAACGCAUAUGAUGCCUCAUCUCAGAAUCGGUUGGGCCAAUACAGCUGGGUACACACCGUAUCCAGGCGGUGGUGAAAAGUGGGGCGGCAACGGAGUUGGAGACGAUUUGUAUUCCUUUGGAUUUGACGGUGCUUAUCUUUGGUCGGGCGGUAGAAAAACGCAAAUAGUACAGGACGCGACGGAACCUUACAUAAAAAAGGGGGACGUCAUUGGAUGCACUUUGGACUUGACCAUUCCAGUAAUAACCUUUGCGUUCAACGGAAUGCACCUCAAGGGAUCUUUCCGUGACUUCAACCUGGAUGGAAUGUUCUUUCCGGCAAUAAGUUGCUCCUCAAAAUUAUCAUGCAGAUUUCUUUUGGGUGGUGAUCACGGACGCCUCAAGUUUCAACCUCCGGACGAUUUCUCGCCAUUGGUCGAAAGUCUAUUGCCGCAACAGAUUCUCUCUCUGGAUCCUUGCUUCUACUUUGGUAACAUGAACAAAGUGGUCCUUGCCGGGCCUUGGCUAGUUGAGGACGACACGGCAUUUGUACCAACACCCGUAGACACAGCCAUGAUCAAUCUACCCGCUUAUAUCGAACAGAUAAGAGACAAGCUGGCGGAGAAUAUCCACGAGAUGUGGGCUAUGAAUAAAGUUGAAGCUGGCUGGAUAUUCGGGGAACAAAGAGACGAUCUUAGAAAAAUACAUCCGUGUAUUAUCCAGUUUGAAAGACUUCCGGCGGCAGAGAAACGCUACGAUACUCAGCUGGCCGUACAGACCUUGAAAACUAUCCUGGCUCUCGGUUAUUACAUCACCAUGGAUAAGCCACCGUCUAGAAUAAAGACCUUACGACUGCCCAACGAACCGUUCAUGCAAUCGAACGGUUAUAAGCCAGCUCCACUAGACCUGAGCGCAAUCACAUUGACACCAAAGAUGGAGGAACUCGUAGAUCAACUGGCCGAAAAUACUCACAACUUGUGGGCAAAGGAGAGGAUCAGUCAGGGAUGGACUUACGGGUUGAACGAGGAUUCCGAAAUGAGGCGGAGUCCGCAUUUAGUACCUUAUUUCAAGGUUGACGAAGCGAUAAAGAAAGCGAACCGGGACACAGCCAGCGAAACUGUCAGAACACUGCUCGUUUAUGGGUACAUGCUCGACCCACCAACGGGAGAGCAGCACGAAGCUUUGCUCUUGGAGGCCAGCAGAUUACGGCAACUUUUGUUCAGAACAUACAGGGUGGAAAAAAAUUACGCCGUCGCCAGUGGAAAGUGGUAUUUUGAAUUCGAAGUGCUCACUGCUGGACCCAUGCGAGUAGGUUGGGCAAAAUCCGAUUGCAUGCCUGGUAGCAUGCUCGGUAGCGAUGAAAAUACCUGGGCUUUCGACGGAUACAACGUGACCAAAGUCCACUGUGGUUCGAACGAGUCUUUCGGUCACAAAUAUCAAGUGGGUGACGUAGUUGGCUGUUUCAUUGAUGUCCAAGACGGAACGAUCAGUUUUUCAUUAAACGGCGAACUGCUAAUGGACGCCCUUGGUGGGGAGACAUCGUUUGCAGAUGUUCAAGGCGAUUCGUUCGUGCCAGCCUUUACGCUUGGGGUUGGUCAAAAAGCUAAAUUAACAUUCGGCCAAGACGUGAAUACAUUGAAAUUUUUCACAACCUGUGGACUGCAAGAAGGCUAUGAACCCUUCUGCGUAAACAUGAAUCGUCCCGUUACUUUCUGGUAUACCAAAGAUCAGCCAAUCUUUGAAAAUACAGACGACAUGGCUGACACAAGGAUUGACGUGGCUCGAAUUCCGGCUGGUUCCGACACACCGCCUUGUCUGAAAAUCUCGCACAACACUUUUGAGACUAUGGAGAAAGCCAACUGGGAAUUUUUGAGACUAUCGCUGCCCGUUAUUUGCCAAUCAAGUUUCAUAACCGAAGGAGAGAAACUGCGACGAUGGCAAGAGAUAAAAAUGCGUCAGAACAGACUUCUCGUUGAACAGUCCGAGCAAACUCAGGGGACUUCUCAGUCAGCGCACAUGGAGCAAAUAAUCAAGUCCGGAUUCAGCAUGAGUGACAUCAAGGGCCUUCAAAGAAAUUAUUCGGAAGAUGCGGUCGAAGCUGAUGAAAUUAUGAAGGAAUCUCCGCUUCCGAUGCAACGAAUGAAGCCUUCCAGACCCCCGAGGAAAGGGUCUUUAUCCCGGUCCAACAUGUAUGGGUCGAGAGGCGGGACUUUGGAAAGAGCCACAAGCGAAGCCGAGGUGAAUGGUUACGGAGACAUGAACGGGGACCUCAAGGACGACAAGAAGAAGAGGGGGCGAUCACCUUUCCGAUUCUUCUCUCGCAAAACAAAAUCACCGGAAGCAAAAUCGAAAACUCCGGAACCUCCGAUGAGGUCAGAUAUUUCGGACAGAAGCAGUAAGCCUUUGCCAUUUGUUAGGGUAGGAUCGAGACCGGCUCAAGUUAGAGUCUCCACUACCGAUUUGAAAGUGGUACCCCCACAAAUUCCGGAACGCAACGCGCCGAAACAAAUGUCUGUUCUCUCUGGGACGGGAGUUGAAGCAAUUGGAAAUGAAAUAUACGACGCGGAUUGCUUGAAAUUGAUGAACGAAUACUUUUAUGGAGUAAGAAUAUUCCCUGGUCAAGAUCCAACUCAUGUUUAUGUCGGAUGGGUAACUUCGCAGUAUCAUUUGCAUACAAAAGAUUUCAACCUAUCGAGAGUUAGAAAAUCGUCAAUUGUAAUCGUGGACGACUACGACAGACCGUUAGAGCAGGUUGAUCGUCAGAGCUGCUACAUGGUGAGAGCCGACGAGCUUUACAACGAAGUGACUCAAGAUGCUUCUGGUAAAGGUGCUUCGCAAGGCAUGUUCGUUGGGUGUUUUGUCGACAUAGCCACCGGCUGGGUGUCCUUCACCUGCGAAGGAAAAGAAACGAGUCAUAAGUUUAAAAUGGAACCGGACACAAAGUUAUUCCCAGCUAUUUUCGUUGAGGCAACAAGCAGAGAAAUACUUCAAAUAGAAUUGGGAAGAACGUCUACUACGUUGCCGUUGUCAGCUGCUGUUUUACAAAACUCGGAGCGUCAUGUGAUUCCUCAGUUCCCGCCCAGAUUGAAAGUGCAAUGUCUUAAGCCUCAUCAGUGGGCCAGGGUACCCAAUCAAUCCCUCCAAGUGCAUGCGCUCAAGCUAUCCGAUAUAAGGGGAUGGUCGAUGUUGUGCGAAGAUGCAAUUUCGAUGCUUGCUUUGCAUAUUCCGGAAGAGGACAGAUGCAUCGAUAUUCUUGAACUAAUUGAAAUGGACAAACUUCUAAGCUUUCACGCCCAUACGCUCACACUAUAUGCAGCGUUGUGCUAUCAAUCGAAUUAUAGAGCAGCACAUGCCCUCUGUUUGCAUGUGGAUCAGAAGCAAUUACUCUAUGCUAUUCGGUCCGAAUAUAUGUCCGGCCCGCUUCGACAAGGUUUUUAUGAUCUAUUAAUUGCAUUGCAUCUCGAGUCUCAUGCCACAACUAUGGAAGUUUGUAAGAACGAGUUCAUCAUUCCAUUAGGGCAAGAAAUAAAGGAUCUCUACGAAGAUCCUGACAUGAAGCACAGCUUGAGAUACUUGGAAACUGAAUCGGUCCGGCCACAGAUGAAAAUGACCGACAUCGAGGUACUUCCUUCCAGUGAAAAUCAGAGCAUCGAAAAUAUUCGAAACUUGUACAGUCCGUAUUUCCCACUUGAUGUGGUUCGUAAUUACGUUAUGAUGGCCCUCAAUGAAGCAGUGGAAGUUAAUCAAGUCCAUAAUCGAGAUCCUAUUGGAGGCAGCAAUGAAAAUUUAUUUCUACCACUAUUAAAACUUGUGGACAGACUACUACUUGUUGGAAUGCUCAGGAAUGAAGAUAUUUUCAAAUUGCUCAUAAUGAUCAAUCCAGAGACCUGGGAUCCGACUUUUCAAAAAGAAGGAAAAGAUGAACAUAAGAAAGGAUUGCUACACAUGAAGAUGGCCGAAGGCGCAAAAUUGCAAAUGUGCUACCUGCUGCACCAUUUGAAUGAUAUCCAGCUUCGGCAUCGUGUCGAGUCAAUAAUUUCCUUUAGUCACGAUUUUGUUGGUGAUCUUCAGUCCGAUCAACUCCGGCGUUAUAUUGAUAUUAAACAGUCUGAUCUUCCAUCGGCUGUAGCGGCAAAGAAAACUAAAGAGUUCAGAUGUCCGCCUCGCGAACAAAUGAAUGCUAUUUUAGGAUUCAAAAAUUUAGACGAGGAAGAGAAAGAAAACUGUCCGUGUGGUGAAGAAUUGAGGGAGAAAAUGAACGAAUUUCACGAUGAGUUGAUGUCCUACGUGUCGCUCCAUGCACUGCAGGAGGCGGCUGAUGCUGCAAAUGAAAUAAUAGAAAUUGAGAAGCCAGGAGCUAUGAAACGGGUUUUCAAUUUCAUAAAUGCCGUCAAAGAAUUUGAGGAAGAGCCGAAACUUGAACCGGACCCUGUCAAGAAAACCCCGGAAGAGGUAUUUCGCAAAGUACUCAUAGCAACGAUAGUCAAAUGGGCAGAAGAAUCGCAAAUUGAAACACCGAAGCUCGUCCGUGAAAUGUUCAGUUUAUUGGUACGCCAGUAUGAUACCGUUGGCGAAUUGAUUCGAGCGUUAGAAAAGACGUAUAUAAUAAAUAGCAAGACAAAGGAAGAUGUUGCUGAAAUGUGGGUGGGUUUGAGUCAAAUCCGUGCAUUGCUGCCCGUUCAAAUGUCUCAGGAAGAAGAGGAACUGGUUCGUGAACGUCUUUGGAAGCUUGUGAACAAUCACACGUUCUUCCAACAUCCCGACUUGAUUCGCGUGCUGAGAAUUCACGAGAACGUAAUGGCGAUAAUGAUGAAUACACUGGGAAGACGAGCCCAAGCCCAGUCCGAUGCUCAGGCACAGAGUCAGGCUGCCGAGGGAGAGGCGGCCGCCAAAGAAAAAGAUACUUCCCACGAAAUGGUGGUGGCAUGUUGCCGAUUUCUUUGCUAUUUCUGCCGCACCUCGAGGCAAAAUCAGAAAGCUAUGUUUGAUCAUUUUGAUUUCUUGCUCGAGAACAGUAAUAUCCUUCUAUCGAGACCUUCGCUAAGGGGGUCAACGCCACUCGACGUGGCAUAUUCUUCGCUGAUGGAAAAUACCGAACUUGCUCUCGCACUCAGAGAGCAUUACCUUGAAAAGAUCGCUAUUUAUUUAUCUCGCUGUGGACUGCAAUCAAAUUCCGAGUUAGUUGAAAAGGGAUAUCCAGAUCUUGGUUGGGAUCCAGUCGAGGGUGAACGUUACCUAGACUUCUUGCGCUUCUGUGUUUGGGUCAACGGUGAAAGUGUCGAAGAAAAUGCUAACUUGGUGAUAAGACUGCUCAUUCGGCGGCCAGAAUGCUUGGGUCCUGCGCUUCGCGGAGAAGGAGAAGGUCUGUUGAGAGCUAUCAUGGAGGCAAAUAAAAUGUCCGAGCGUAUCGCGGAUCGUAGAAAGGUUCAAGACGAAACGGAAGGAACAGCUAUGGUUAUUCAGUUUGAGCACCCUCUUCCCGAGUCGGACGAUGACGAAGAUUACAUCGAUACCGGAGCAGCCAUUCUGAACUUUUAUUGUACCUUAGUGGAUCUCUUGGGACGCUGUGCUCCAGAUUCUUCUGUCAUAGAACAAGGAAAAAACGAAUCCCUCCGAGCAAGAGCUAUUUUGCGUUCUCUUGUCCCACUUGACGAUCUACAAGGUGUUCUUUCACUCCGAUUUACACUGCAAAAUCCUGCCGCUGGCGAGGAAAGACCUAAGAGUGACAUGCCGUCUGGAUUAAUUCCGGGGCACAAGCAGAGUAUAGUGUUAUUUUUGGAACGUGUUUAUGGGAUUGAAACGCAGGAACUUUUCUUCAAAUUACUCGAAGAAGCUUUUUUGCCUGACCUUAGGGCUGCUACCAUGCUGGAUAGGAAUGACGGCUACGAAUCUGAUAUGGCUUUAGCUAUGAAUCGAUACAUAGGAAACAGUAUACUACCACUCCUCAUAAAACAUUCUAAGUUCUACAAUGAAGCCGACAACUACGCGAGUUUAUUAGAUGCUACGUUGCAUACAGUGUAUCGUCUCAGUAAAAACAGGAUGUUAACCAAGGGACAGCGUGAAGCUGUUUCUGAUUUUCUCGUGGCAUUGACCAGCCAAAUGCAACCGAGUAUGUUGCUGAAGCUCCUUCGAAAGUUGACCGUCGAUGUUUCAAAAUUGUCGGAAUAUACAACAGUAGCUUUAAGGCUGCUGACAUUACAUUACGACCGCUGUGCUAAAUACUACGGCUCGACAAGCGGUCAAGGAGCUUACGGAGCUUCAAGCGACGAAGAGAAACGUCUGACAAUGGUCUUGUUCAGUAACAUAUUCGACUCAUUAUCCAAAAUGGAUUAUGAUCCGGAAUUGUUCGGUAAGGCGUUGCCUUGUUUGACCGCCAUCGGUUGUGCCUUACCUCCCGACUAUUCGUUAUCGAAAAAUUAUGACGACGAAUGGUACGGGAGUAAGUCUGCCUCGACACAAUCUCCGGACGGACCAUAUAAUCCGCAGCCGAUCAACACGUCCAGUGUCGUGCUGAACAAUGAUUUGAAUUCGAUAGUACAAAAGUUUUCUGAGCACUAUCACGAUGCUUGGGCUAAUAGAAAGCUAGAAAAUAGCUGGACGUACGGUGAACAGUGGUCUGAUCUAAACAAGACACAUCCUAGACUGAAGCCUUACAAUUUGCUUAAUGAUUAUGAAAAAGAACGCUAUAAGGAACCCGUCAGGGAAAGUUUGAAGGCACUGCUUGCUAUUGGGUGGAGCGUUGAACACUCCGAAGUGGACGUACCUUCUACAAGUCGUAGCUCUAUGAGAAGGUCGUCUAAGAGCCAAGCAGACGCAGCGAAUCCGUUCAACUACAACCCUCAUCCCGUUGACAUGACCAACCUGACACUCAGUAGAGAAAUGCAAAACAUGGCUGAGCGUUUGGCUGACAACGCUCAUGACAUUUGGGCUAAAAAGAAGAAGGAGGAGCUCAUCACUUGCGGAGGUGGUAUUCACCCACAGCUGGUGCCUUACGACUUGUUAACCGACAAAGAGAAACGCAAGGAUCGUGAACGCUCCCAAGAGUUCUUGAAAUAUCUACAAUAUCAAGGAUACAAAUUGCACAAGCCAGUUCGCAGUAGUACGGCGGAUACGGAAGUUGCCGGGGUCGGAGCAGCUGUAGAAUUACGAUUCGCGUAUUCCUUGCUUGAGAAAUUGAUAGCGUAUUUGGAUAAAGCUACUAUCAACAUGAAGUUGUUGAAGCCUUCGGACACCUUUAGCAGGAGGAACAGUUUCAAAACAUCGACAAGAGAUAUAAAGUUUUUCAGUAAAGUGGUUCUACCGUUGAUGGAAAAGUACUUCAGUACUCACAGAAAUUACUUUAUCGCCGUGGCCACUGCGACAAAUAACAUAGGAGCUGCGUCACUGAAAGAAAAAGAAAUGGUUGCUGCGUUAUUUUGCAAGCUGGCGAGUUUGCUCCGUUCACGAUUAGCUGCAUUCGGGGCAGAUGUUAGAAUAACCGUUCGAUGUCUGCAAGUGUUGGUCAAAGGUAUCGACGCGAAAUCGCUUGUAAAAAAUUGUCCAGAAUUUAUCAGAACGUCGAUGUUAACAUUCUUCAACAAUACGGCCGACGACUUGGGACAUACCAUAGGCAAUUUGCAAGAAGGAAAAUACAGUCAUCUUAGAGGAACGCACUUGAAAACAUCGACUUCUUUGUCUUAUGUGAACAGCGUUGUUUUACCCGUCCUCACCGCCAUGUUCGAUCACUUAGCGGCUUGCGAAUACGGCAGUGACUUGUUGCUGGACGAGAUUCAAGUUGCCUCGUACAAAAUGCUGGCAUCUCUUUAUACGUUGGGUAUCGACGCUACUCUAACCCACGAUCGGAAGUAUUUGAAAACUGAAAUCGAACGGAACAAACCUAAUCUUGGUUCUUGCCUUGGAGCCUUCUCCAGCUGCUUCCCAGUUGCCUUUCUAGAGCCCCACUUGAACAAGCACAACCAGUUUUCGCUAUUAAAUAGAAUCGCCGAUCACUCCCUCGAGGCUCAAGAUAUAAUGUCUCGGAUGGAAUCGAGUAUGCCUACGUUAGAAACGAUCUUGACCGAGGUAGAUCAGUUUGUGGAAUCGGAAAAAACUUAUAGCGACGCCCCUCACGUUAUCGAUGUCAUACUACCAUUGCUUUGCUCGUACUUGCCUUUCUGGUGGGCUCAAGGUCCAGACAACGUCAAUCCGAAUGAGGGAACGUACGUGAGCAUGGUUACGAGUGACCACAUGAACCAGCUCUUGAAAAAUGUGUUGAAAUUGAUCAAAAAGAACAUCGGAAACGAGAAUGCUCCGUGGAUGACACGCAUCGCGGCUUACACGCAACAAAUUAUCAUUAAUUCAUCUGAAGAGCUGCUCAAGGAUCCGUUCUUGCCACUUGCUGAACGUGUUAAGAAGCGGACCGACAACAUGUUCCACAAGGAGGAAUCGUUGCGUGGCUUUAUCAAGUCGUCAACGGACGAUACGUCUCAGAUAGAAGCACAAAUUCAGGAAGACUGGCAACUCCUUGUCAGAGAUAUAUAUUCGUUUUACCCGCUGCUUAUUAAAUAUGUCGAUUUACAACGUAAUCAUUGGCUGCGUAACAACAUACCGGAAGCCGAAGACCUUUAUAAUCACGUUGCAGCAAUAUUCAAUACCUGGUCCAAGUCACAGUACUUUUUACGCGAAGAACAGAACUUUAUAUCAGCCAAUGAAAUUGACAAUAUGGUUCUUAUCAUGCCUACAGCUACCAGAAGACCGACGGCUGUUUCCGAUGGCACAACUCCGUCCGGUGGUGGAAAGAAAAAGAAGAAACAUCGGGACAAAAAACGAGACAAAGACAAGGAAGUACAGGCGUCGCUGAUGGUUGCUUGCCUGAAACGAUUGUUGCCUGUUGGCUUGAACUUGUUUGCAGGACGAGAACAGGAACUCGUCCAGCAUUGUAAGGAUAGGUUUUUAAAGAAACUUCCCGAAUAUGAAAUCACUGAGUUCGCUACAACGCAGCUUACUUUGCCGGACAAAAUCGAUCCGGCUGAUGAAAUGUCUUGGCAACAUUACCUGUAUUCAAAGCUUGGGCAAAAAAAAGAUGUGACCGAACCGGUCAAGGCUCAACAACUCGACGAUGUAGUUACUAGAAUUGUGGCAAUGGCCAAAGUGCUUUACGGGCUUCACAUGAUAGACCAUCCCCAGCAGCAGAGCAAGAGUAGCUAUCGCUCGGUGGUGUCUAUACAGAGAAAGCGAGCAGUUAUUGCUUGCUUCCGUCAGACCUCCCUACAUUCCUUACCCAGGCAUCGGGCAAUCAAUAUCUUUGCAAGAACUUAUUACGAACUCUGGCUGCAAGACGAGAAUGUGGGACAAGAAGUUAUGAUUGAAGAUCUGACGCAAUCAUUCGAAGAUGCAGAAUUGAAAAAGAUGGAUAAGACGGAAGAGGAGGGUAAACCUGAUCCUUUAACGCAACUAGUUACAACGUUCUGUCGCGGAGCCAUGACUGAACGUUCAGGAGCUCUUCAAGAAGAUCCCCUCUACAUGAGUUAUGCGCAAAUAGUAUCAAAAUCUUGCGGGGAGGAAGAAGAGGAAGGCGAAGAUGAAGGAGGGGGCGAGGAGGAAGGCGCGGCAUCAAUUCAUAGGCCUAUGCACAAACUCAUGGAACAAGAAAUGGAGAAACAGAAGCUGUUGUUUCAUCAAGCUCGUCUUGCAAAUCGAGGAGUUGCAGAAAUGGUAUUGCUGCAUAUUUCGGCUUGCAAGGGUGUCCCAAGCGAGAUGGUCAUGAAAACUUUAGAGCUGGGCAUUUCAAUUCUACGAGGUGGUAACAUCGAGAUUCAGAAGGGGAUGCUGAACCAUUUGAAAGAGAAAAAAGAUGUUGGAUUUUUCACCUCAAUUGCUGGAUUAAUGAAUUCGUGUAGCGUACUAGAUCUCGAUGCUUUCGAAAGAAACACAAAGGCAGAAGGUCUGGGAGUCGGGUCUGAAGGUGCUGCGGGUGAAAAAAAUAUGCAUGAUGCUGAAUUCACCUGUGCGUUGUUCAGGUUUAUUCAACUGACUUGCGAAGGGCACAAUUUAGACUGGCAGAAUUACUUGAGAACCCAAGCUGGCAACACAACGACGGUGAACGUAGUCAUAUGCACUGUGGAUUACCUCCUUCGUCUCCAGGAGUCAAUCAUGGACUUUUACUGGCACUACUCCAGCAAAGAACUCAUAGAUCCAGCUGGAAAAGCAAACUUCUUCAAGGCUAUCGAAGUCGCAAGUCAAGUAUUCAACACCCUGACUGAAGUUAUUCAAGGUCCUUGUGCUCAGAACCAACAAGCUUUGGCACACUCUAGGCUUUGGGAUGCCGUGGGAGGAUUUCUGUUUCUCUUUUCACAUAUGCAGGACAAACUUUCCAAGCAUUCUAGCCAAGUAGAUCUUCUCAAAGAAUUACUAAAUCUGCAAAAGGACAUGAUCACGAUGAUGCUGUCUAUGUUAGAAGGUAACGUUGUAAACGGCACCAUUGGAAAGCAGAUGGUGGAUACGCUCGUGGAAUCUGCUGGAAAUGUUGAAUUAAUUUUGAAAUACUUUGACAUGUUCCUCAAGUUGAAGGAUCUUAUAUCUUCGCCCAGCUUCCUCGAAGUUGACAUCAAUAACGACGGAUGGGUAUAUCCGAAAGACUUUAAGGAAAAGAUGGAACAACAAAAAAGUUAUACCAUCGAGGAGAUCGAAUUCUUACUAGCUUGUUGCGAAACAAAUCACGACGGCAAAAUUGAUUAUGUUGCAUUUAUGGAUCGUUUUCACGAGCCUGCUAAAGAGAUUGGCUUCAACCUCGCUGUUCUGUUGACAAAUUUGUCAGAACAUAUGCCAAACGAGCCAAGGCUUGCACGUUUUCUUGAAACAGCAGGUUCUGUGCUCAAUUACUUUGAACCGUUCCUGGGGCGAAUAGAAAUUCUCGGCGGUAGUAGAAAAAUUGAGCGUGUUUACUUUGAAAUCAAAGAAUCCAAUAUCGAGCAGUGGGAAAAACCUCAGAUCAAAGAAUCGAAACGAGCGUUCUUCUACAAUACAGUAACCGAAGGAGGUGACAAGGAGAAAUUGGAGACAUUUAUUAAUUUUUGCGAAGAUGCUAUAUUUGAAAUGCAGCACGCAAGUGCCUUGAUGGCUGUCGAAGAGAGCAGCGGUAUUGGAAAAGCAAGAGAAUCAUCUUACACCUAUAUGACGGAAGAUGACGAUGAAAGAAACAAGGAUCCGAUCCGAAGGGGAAUUCAGGCUUUCAAAGACGGAGUUUAUUUCUUCUUCUCAAUGUUCUCUCCGACCAACAUAAAGAACAAAUUUUCCGAAAUGCAGCAAAUGACAAUCCCGGAAUUGUUUGUUGGCUUCUUUAAAAUGAUUUUCUAUGCAUUCUACUACUCUGGAUUUGGUGUCGGCUGCGUUAUCAGAUACUUCAUGAGAUUAUUGCUCAGUUUAAUGAGAGGACCGCACAUUGACGAACCGAUAGUUGAGGUCAAGGAAGAAGAAGAAAAACCGUUACGGCUACUACCAGCCUUACCGCCAACGCCCGAUGAUUCAAAUUUACAGGUCCAGGCGUUUGGAAUGGAUAUAACGAAAGAAGAAGGUGGUCAAAUUAAACUAGCUCCCCACGAAUCUGCCGCUUCUACACCUCAGUCAAGUAUGGAAGAAACGGGUGAGAGUACGCAAGACGAAGGAGUCGGCGAAGAUCAUCCUCGAGGUGCAGUGGACGGAAUUGCUACCGAAACGGAAGGACCUGUGACAUUGGCAGACUUAUUAGGAGGAGAACAAGCCAGAGCACAAGCAGCAGCUACAGCCGAGGCGGCAGCAGCUCAGCAAGCUGCAAUGGCAGCUGUCGAGGCAGAGGCGAAACAAGAAACUGCAAUCGAACCCUCAGCUGGCUCAAGUAUCGAUCUUUCCGAAUACACUCACCGCAUUGUGUCUUUCCUAGCGAGAAACUUUUAUAAUCUGAAAUACGUUGCCUUAGUACUGGCCUUCUGUAUAAACUUCAUGUUACUCUUUUAUAAGGUCACUUCGCUUGGUGAAGAGGAAAACGGAAGUGGCAGCGGAGAUCCGAUAGCUGACUUGUUGGCAGAGAUUUCAGGCGAGGGUUCAUCCGAUGGCGAUGGUAGCGGCGGUGAAGGAGGAAGUGGCGGUAGUAACGGAAGUUCCGAAGAAGAGGAGGAUCCUUUGGAACUUGUUGAAGUGUCGGAAGACUUCUACUACAUGGCGCACGUCAUGCGACUUAUGGCUGCCAUGCACUCUAUUGUGUCCCUUGCCAUGCUGGUCGCCUAUUACCACCUCAAGGUACCCUUAGCUAUCUUCAAGCGUGAGAAAGAAAUUGCUCGUCGGGUAGAGUUUGACGGUCUGUACAUAGCAGAAACACCGGAGGAGGAUGAUAUUAAGGCACAUUGGGAUAAAAUGGUGAUAUCUGCAAAGUCUUUCCCUGUCAAUUACUGGGAUAAGUUCGUUAAAAAAAAGGUUCGACAAAAGUAUAGCGAAACGUACGACUUUGACUACAUCAGUAAUCUACUCGGAAUGGAAAAGACUUCGUUCAGCCAACAAGAGGAAGAAGGUUCUGGAUUGCUACACUUUAUUAUAAAUAUCGACUGGCGUUAUCAGGUCUGGAAAGCGGGCGUCACGAUUACUGACAAUGCCUUCUUGUACAGUUUAUGGUAUUUUACGUUCUCGAUACUGGGAAACUACAACAACUUCUUCUUUGCCGCACAUCUGUUGGAUGUCGCAGUAGGAUUCAAAACACUCAGAACAAUUUUGCAGUCAGUAACACACAACGGAAAACAAUUAGUAUUGACCGUGAUGUUGCUGACAAUCAUAGUCUACAUAUACACGGUCAUAGCCUUUAAUUUCUUCCGGAAAUUUUAUAUUCAAGAAGAGGAUGAUGAAGUUGAUAAAAAAUGUCACGACAUGUUAACGUGCUUUGUAUUCCAUCUGUACAAAGGAGUGAGAGCCGGUGGCGGUAUUGGUGAUGAAAUUGGAGAACCCGACGGCGAUGACUAUGAAGUCUAUCGUAUAAUGUUUGAUAUCACGUUCUUCUUCUUUGUCAUUGUUAUCCUGCUUGCUAUUAUUCAAGGUUUGAUCAUCGACGCGUUCGGAGAGUUGCGUGAUCAGCUUGAAAGUGUCAAAGACAACAUGGAAAGCAACUGUUUUAUAUGUGGUUUGGGAAAAGAGUACUUCGAUACAGUGCCUCAUGGUUUUGAUACACACGUCCAGCAGGAACAUAAUUUAGCAAAUUACAUGUUCUUCCUCAUGCAUCUGAUUAAUAAACCGGAUACAGAAUACACUGGUCAAGAGACGUACGUUUGGAAUAUGUAUCAACAAAGGUGUUGGGAUUUCUUCCCAGUGGGUGAUUGCUUCCGAAAGCAGAACGAGGCUGUUGAGGAGGAAGCCAAAAAGAAAUGAAGUCGACGGUUUCACGUCGCAGUAAAAAAUAUCGAGUCGACCGUUAAAUCCUAUCUCGAUCUUACCGCUUCUAUACUGUAGGUAGUGAAGCGAGAUGAAUUUUUUUUUCAAAUCCUAGGUUCAAAGAAUUACUACGAAUUAUAAAAUUGCGAAAAUUUCAUGCGGUGCCGUGAAAAAUAUUCAGAUGAUUCAUAAAAACAUUGAUAUUCAAAAGAUCUAUCAUCUCUUUGAAAUGCAGCUUAAUCUUCGCUACGUUUUCAAAUUUCAUAAUUGAAAGGAGCUAAUAUGAAUUUCAGAACGUCAAGCUUUUUAACAUGUAUUUGUAUAAUUUACCUUGGACUAUUGGAAUUCGAACGAUACACAUAUUUUUAUAAGCCUUUAUAAUACUGAAUGAGAAACAUAAUCCGGUAGUAAUUUUAGCGCAGCGAAGCUCUCAUAACUUAGAUUCACUCGUUAUAAACGUCCUAUCGUACAUUUAUUAAUCAUUAGAUGAAAUCAAAUAAUUAAUAUUAAAAAUUGAAAGCACAAAGAUCUAGUAAUAUAUUAGUGGUUGAUAGAUUAUUAUUCAUACUUUUUACGGUUCACUGGCGAAAUGAUUCGGUCGUUAUUCUCCAUGUAUAGACACAUCUCUAAAGGCCGACGGCAUUGUCGAUUUAUUCUUAUAGGAUAACAUGUUGCCGAUUUUGGAAACUUUACUGGUUAGAUCAGUUACUCUAUACAUUAUAUUAUAAUAAACACGUAAUGCAUUGUACGCUGCAGUGUAAACAUUUUUGAAAAUAUGUUAUUAUUGACGACUGAGCUGAUAUAAUGUUAAAUUAAAUAUGUGUCGAUAUAUUGUAAAUAAAGAUUUUUCAGCGGCGUUACCGAAAAACACCGAAUCGUCAAAGUUACUAUUUAUUCAAUUUCGUUUUGCGGGACGAAAAUGACCGGUCGUAAAGAGAAAUUGUGAACCAGUUCUAUUUUUAUGCUCCCGUUAACGAAAGAGAGACUGAGCUUACUAAUGGUUUCUUCUAAACUUGUAUCUGAAAUCUCAUUCGCCGUUUUUUGUAAUUCUACAUCCUCUGACCUGCUCAAUGCCGCUCGGCGCGAUCAACUCACUCACCGCGUGUUCGAAAAAUUCGAAUAUUGAUCUUUCUUAUCGUUGCACAUAUUUCGCAAACAGUACCUGAUCAGCCCAUCGUUUUACCUUAAUUAAAAUCCCGUCAAACAUUAAAUUAGCUGACGCACACUUUCAUCUACUCGCUCCGGUUGGCCUACUACUAGGAGCAGGUACAACCCUUUCACCGCUGUGCGUUGGUCAGCUCAAUCUGUCCACAUCCGACGGUCCUGAUCUGUACUUACAAAAGGCAGGACUAGGUUGGUUCGUCGGGGGGAGUGCGUCGUCCAUCCCGCCACAGAAUCGAGAAUCAUGCCUCGCAAUCACCAGUGAUCUUUAAUUCAACAUGACGAGAUUCUGGGAGAUCGAGGAGGGCCGUCCUAUUUACUCCUUCUCGGAAGAAGAACGGACUUGCGAGAGGUACGAUCCAGCGAGGAAGGGUACUAUGCCUGACUCAUCACGCUAUUAUAAAACAAAGUAGUCCUACCACAAGGGUACGAGUCAUAUUAGACGGACCUGCGAAAACUAUCUCUGAAACCGCACUCUGCGAUACUCUACUCGUCGGUCCCACUGUAGGUAUAACCAGACAUCUUUGUUUGGGAAAAAAAUCAGCGGGGUCAAGAUUUCUGGAUAUACAAGUGGUUGUGCAAGCAAGCCUACGUAUUAACAGGAAGCAUUGAAAAAUGUACCGACAAGUGCUUGUGGAACCAGAGGAUCGCAGAUAUCAACGAAUCCUAUGGAGAAUUUCUGCUGGACAAAUACAACCAUGCGAGUUGAACACCGUCAUCUUCGGCUUGUUUCCUGCGCCGUAUUGAGCGAUAAGAAUACUUCAUCAACUCACGGAAGAUAAGACGCAUUUAUUUCCUAGAGGAGCCAAGGUCCUCAAGGAAGACUUCUACGACGACGACGUCCUCACUGGAGCCGCUACAAUAGAAAAAGCAAUUUUUCGGAGAAAAGAGCUGACGGUACUGUUGACAUCUGCUGGAUUAAUUUACCACAUGCCAAUGGUCAUCGAACGAUCAGGUAACCUUACAGGAGGUUCCCAAAGAAAGCAUAAACGAACGCCUCGGCCUCGGAGAGGAAACAGCAUUGAAAACUCCAGGGGUAUUCUGCAACUCUGGCAGAGAUAGUAUUGUAUAUACGGUCCACCCAUUUUCUAGCAAGUCUAGAGUUACUAAACGAACAAUCCCGUCGUGAACAGCGAAAAUCUUUGACGCGUUAGGACUCGUCGCUCCAGUAAUCGUCACUGCUGAGAUCCUCACGCAACGAUUACCGAGUCUGUAGCUUGAUUAGAACGAAUCCGAAGAGCACAUGGUACAUUUGGACAUAGUUUU